AAAUGGAGCUGGAGAUGGAGAGGGGAAGACCAACUUGAGUGGAGAGCAACCAGAUUUUGGUGAGCGGUGGGACCGAAUCAGCAACGAGGGCCUCCCACCCAAUGCAAUGGACUGACCGAAGAUUACUUAUUCACCAUAAGCUAAAUGAAUAUUGCCAUUGGCGCAAGGUCGUCUCACCUUGCAGUCUCAACGCUAGGCGCAGUCGGGAAAACUUUAUGGAACCGCCUACGGAAACGGCUCCCCGAAGGAGGGCCGACUGCUGCGCGCAUUCAGUUUUGACCAUCAUUGCCUUAUGUGCCUCAAGUGACCUGGAGCUGCAUGGGCAGGGAGAUCUUGUUUUGUGAUGCAAUUGCAAUAGACGUGUGUUGAACCCUGAUGAUGGUGGAUGUUAGGCCGCGGGAAUCGAGUCUUGGAGGCUCAAAUACUGCAACAAAAAUGGCGCCCGCAUUCAGAUUCCCCCGGGAG